UUAUUUUUAGGAUAUAGUAAAUCAAAUUUCAAUUAUGGACAAUAUUUGUAAAAUAAUUCGUUAAAUUCUACAGAAACACAUUCUUACUGAAAUUAUUUGUGCAUUAGAAAUUAAUGAGAUGUCAUUGCUUUGUUUCAAGAGCAGGAAGUUUACGCCAAAAAGUGCGACUGCGCACUGGCCAAAUUAGUAGUGUGAAAGAAAAUGGCGAUCAGCGAAAGGCGUCCGGAGUUAACGUGAUGAAAAACAUUGUUCAAAGCUCAAUUACAUAGUGUUAUAGUUAUUAAUUGUGUCAGAUGUAGAUUAAUUAAGUGUUAAUGAAUAGUGAUUGUGUAUAAAAAUGGCUGCGAAUAUGUAUAGAGUCGGCGACUGCGUCUAUUUCGAGACGACGCCGAAGUCUCCUUACCAAAUCCGACGGAUAGAGGAACUAAACAAAACCGCGUCGGGUAACGUGGAGGCAAAAGUCAUGUGCUUCUACAGGCGGCGGGACCUACCCAACCCCCUCAUACAAUUAGCGGAUAAGCAUCAAAUGGCCCAGUCAGAAGACUCGCCAGUUGCAAUGAAACUCAAAAAAAUAUGCCUUAAGACGCCCGUAGGCGAAGAACAGGCGGCACAAGCAGUCCUAGACCCUGCGUUAGCGGCGAUGGAGGAGGAAUCUAGCGAGCUACCGGGCACGGACGGUCUCGCGCCGAAGCAGCGGCACCAGGCGAAGCACCGCGAGCUGUUCCUCUCGAGGCACGUGGAGACGCUGCCGGCGACGCACAUCCGCGGCAAGUGCACCGUCACGCUGCUCAACGAGACAGAGUCGCUGCUCAGCUAUCUCAAUAAGGAUGACGCAUUUUUUUAUUGUUUAGUAUUUGAUCCUUCACAAAAGACUUUAUUAGCAGAUAAGGGAGAAAUCAGAGUUGGAAGUAGAUAUCAGACUGAAGUAACUAAUUUAUUAAAAGAAGGCGAAGAGGACACACGCAACAACGAGGACCUAGAAACACUGGUCUGGACACCAGAACACGGGCUAACGGACCGGCAAAUCGACCAGUUCCUGGUAGUGUCUCGCUCAGUGGGCACCUUCGCGCGUGCGCUCGACUGCUCCUCCAGCGUCAAGCAGCCCUCGCUGCACAUGUCUGCCGCCGCCGCCAGCCGAGACAUCACCCUCUUCCACGCGAUGGACACCCUGCACAAGUCGGGCUACAGCAUAGAGACGGCGCUGUCGUCGCUGGUGCCCGCGUCAGGCCCCGUGCUGUGUCGCGACGAGAUGGAGGAGUGGUCCGCGUCCGAGGCCAACCUCUUCGAGGAGGCGCUUGACAAGUACGGCAAGGACUUCGCGGACAUUCGGCAGGACUUUCUCCCUUGGAAAACGCUAAAGAACCUCGUGGAAUACUACUACAUGUGGAAGACGACGGACCGGUACGUGCAGCAGAAGCGCGUCAAGGCCGUCGAGGCCGAGUCCAAGCUGAAGCAGGUGUACAUUCCCAACUACAACAAGCCUAACCAGGCGUUGAUCACGAGCGGCAGCGGCGGCAAGCCCGGCGCCGUCCUCAACGGCGGAACCAACGGCACGCCCGCCGUCAGCGCCGCACAGCUUUGCGCCUCUUGCCAGGUGACAAGUUCAACCCAGUGGUACGCGUGGGGACCAGAGCAUUUACAAUACAGAUUGUGCGGCUCGUGCUGGCAGUACUGGAAGAAAUAUGGAGGCCUCAAGGUAAAAAAC